AUGCCCCAUCCACCCAAAUAUCCCCUCGUGGCAGUCAUCGGAGCGACAGGGACUGGCAAAUCCAAGUUGGCGGUUGAGCUGGCUACACGCUUCAAUGGCGAAAUAAUCAAUGGAGAUGCUAUGCAAAUGUACAAAGGCCUCCCCAUCAUUACCAACAAGAUUCCGGAGCAGGAACGAAAUGGUAUCCCCCAUCAUUUGCUCGACCAUAUCGAUCUCGGGGAGAAACCCUGGACGGUCACCCAAUUUGUCAAGAACGGCACUCGCAUCGUUGACGAGGUCAGAUCGAGGGGAAAGCUACCUAUAGUGGUUGGUGGGACGCAUUACUAUACCCACGCAUUGCUGUUCAAAGAUGCCACUCUUAUCAAUGACAGGGAUGAGUCCGAGUCCGAUCAUGAACAGAAAGUAUCGAGUGAAGAAGAAUUUCCUCUCUUGUCCAAGUCGACAGAAGAGAUUUUGCUAAAGCUGCAGGAAGUCGAUCCUGAGAUGGCGAGAAGAUGGCAUCCCAAAGAGAGACGCAAGAUCCAAAAAUCUCUCGAAAUAUGGCUCAAGACUGGAAAGAAGGCCUCUGAAAUCUAUGCCGUGCAGGGGGAACGCAGGUUAAGAGCUCGCCACCAGAUCAUCGACGAUAUUUCCGACCCUGUUGAUCGCGAAGAUAGCAGCGUAGAUCCAGCAGGCCUGCGCUAUUCAACCCUCCUAUUCUGGUUAGAAGCCGAUCGGUCCGUGUUGAAAAGUCGACUUGAUGCUCGCGUCGAUGCCAUGCUAGCGAGUGGCCUUGCAGACGAGGCCCUCGCCUUGUCCAAGCUCGAAACGGAUUUGAUACAAAGGGGAGUCCUGGUGGACAAAAGCAUGGGCAUCUGGGUCUCGAUCGGUUACAAAGAGAUGGAACCCUGGGUCCAGGAGCAGCAAACCGUGAAUAUCGAUGCCUCAAAGAGUUCUCGCGCAUUGCAGGAAACGAUUGACUCCAUCAAAGCUCACACGAGGCAGUAUGCGAAUCGGCAAAACCGCUAUAUCCGUAUUCGGUUGGCGAACGCCUUGAACGCCGCCAACAGCCUAGAUAGGCUUUUCCUGCUCGAUUGCUCGGCUCUCCGACAAUGGGACCGCGCAGUCAUGGGGCCAGCAGAAAGGAUCACGGGGUCUUUUCUGAACGGUGACGACCUUCCGAAUCCCACAAGCCUUUCAGAUCUGGCAGCGCGAGUGCUCUCAGAGAUCGGCGAACGGGGCAUUGAGACUGACCGCCAGGCAAGAACCUGUGAAACCUGCGACAAGACACUCAUGACCGAGAAGGAAUGGCAGGUUCAUCUUUCGAGUCGUGGGCACAAGAAAGCCGUCGCGGCGCGUCGCAAGCGAGAACCUCAACAAGCUGGUGUGGCUGAACACUGCAAGGCGCGGUCUCCAACCACGUCGGCAGCUUAA